GUGUGGAUUUGUGAAUUGUGUUAAGUGUUUUGACAAAAUGUUGUUUUGUUUUAGCAAUUGAAAAAAACUGUAAAGAAAUCCUCCGGUCAAACGUCCUAAAGUGUUUAUUCUACAAAUCUAAUUUUGUAGAAUAAACAAAGAAAGACAAAUCCUGGCUUUAAUUUGUAAAUGCAAAAGUUUCCAUAAAAACUGAACAAAGAUCAGAAAACAUGUGGCUUAUAAAAUGGCUUAACAUUUCUUCAAAAUGUAUUUAUUCUGUUGAUAAUACAAUAUUAUUUUAUUUUGUGAUGUAACACAGAUGUAACAAAAUGCAGCUCUCUGCAGCUGCCUUUGCAUACACUGACAGGUUUAAUGUAUACAAAUGUUUGCUUCCUGACAGGUAUUUCAUAAAGCAUUUAUUGUUCCUGCGCUACAAAAAUGAAAACGAAAACCGUGCUGCUGUUAGUCGCCGUAGUGUCAGGCAUCAUAGUGUUAGCCAUCACAUUGGGGAAAAGGAAGAUACCGGCUGAGCAUGUGUACCAGAAGGCAGCGGUGGCAGCAGACGCUGGGCCGUGUUCAGAGGUCGGCAGAGACAUACUGAUGAAAGGGGGCUCUGCAGUAGAUGCCUCUAUAGCUGCUUUACUGUGUGUUGGACUUAUGAACGCUCACAGUAUGGGCAUCGGAGGAGGACUCUUCCUAACCAUCUACAACGCCACAACUGGACUGGUUGAGACGAUUGACGCCAGGGAGACGGCUCCACGCAAUGCAACGCAGGACAUGUUUGGGAACAGUAACGAUUUAUCCCAGGACGGAGGGUUGUCUGUUGCUGUACCUGGAGUGAUUCGAGGUUAUGAAAUGGCGCACAAACGACACGGCAAACUGCCUUGGAGGGACUUGUUCCAGCCGAGCAUUGCUCUUGCAGUAAAUGGUUUUCCUUUGGGCAGGGCACUCGCCUUUGCUCUGUCCAGCGAAAGGGAAACCAUCAGAAAGGACACAGCUCUUUGUGAAGUGUUUUGUGGGGGAAAUGGUGACAUCCUGAAAGAGAAUGACACCAUCAAAUUUACCAAGCUUGCAGAAACGUACAGGAAAAUAGCAGAGGAGGGUCCUAAUGCUUUCUACCAUGGACCACUGGCCCAGAGCCUUGUGGAUGAUAUUCAGGCAGCAGGCGGCAUCAUCACAAUGGAGGAUCUGAAGGAUUAUGUGCCUGUCUUGGACGAGAACCCUUUAAGGGUGGAUGUGGGGGAGUACAACAUGGCUGUUCCCAAUGCCCCCGCUAGCGGCCCUGUGCUCUCACUGAUAUUAAACAUCUUGAAUGGGUACAACUUCACCGCAGAAAGCGUGUCAAGCACAGAGAAGAAGAUCCUAACCUACCAUCGCAUCGUGGAGGCUUUUCGUUUUGCGUAUGCAAAGAGGACCUUACUUGGGGAUCCAAAGUUUCUCAACAUCACAGAUCUCAUCAAGAAUAUGACUUCAAGUUCUUAUGCCUAUGACCUCCGUGAGAAGAUCACAGAUGACACCACACACCACAUGGACUAUUACGAGCCAGAGUUUUACAUUCCUGAUGACCACGGGACCUCUCACCUCUCGGUGAUCGCAGAAGAUGGAAGCGCUGUGGCCGCCACCAGCACCAUCAACCUACAUUUCGGCUCCAAGGUAAUGUCAAGAUCAACAGGGAUACUUCUCAACGAUGCGAUGGACGACUUCAGCUCUCCGCUCAUCACAAACGGCUUCGGAGUGCCUCCUUCACGGAACAACUUCAUCAGACCAGGAAAAAGGCCAUUGUCUUCCAUGUGUCCGACUAUCCUCUUUGACAAAAACAACAAAGUUAAGAUGGUGGUCGGAGGCUCAGGAGGAACGAAAAUCACAACUUCUAUCGUUCAGGUGAUUCUAAAUGCACUGUUCUUUGACUAUGAUCUGAAAAAAGCUGUGUCGGAGCCGAGGCUCCACAACCAGCUGGAUCCCAACGCCACUGAAGCAGAACCAGACUUUGACAAAAACGUCCUGGAAGGUUUGGCAUUGAAGAACCACGAGAUAAAGUACCUGAACUUGACAAUAGCUGUGGUGCAGGCGGUGGUUCGCUAUGAAGACGGACUCCACGCUCAGUCAGAUUAUCGCAAGCGGGCGUACGCCGCCGGGUACUGAGGUCAUAAACUCACCACUGAUUAUGCACGGAGCCUGUAGCGGCAUGAGUUUUGACACCAGUGCUACGAGCUGAGAGAUUAGAGACUUAAAGGAGAGGUGUCAUGCUUUUCCGGUUAUUACCCGUCCCCUUGUGUGUUAUGAAGGUUUUUAUGCAUGUAAACGGUGUGCAGAGUCAAAACCCUCAAAG